UUUGAAUAAAAGCAAAGCAAGCCAUUUUAAUUGGCAACUCUGUGCGCUGUGCACAACCCUAGAAUAAUGAUUGCUGCUGCUGCGCGAGAGCAAUAUGGAGUAUCUGCUGCUGCUGCUGCUGCUAUCUGUGGCGGCAGUCUUGUGUCAAGUGCGUGCGAACCAACAACCAACGCUUAAACGUGGCGCCGGCAAAUGCAACAUGGUCACAUCGACAUCAACAUCAUCAUCAUCAAGAACAUUGUCAAGAGCACAAGCAUCAGCAGCAGCAGCAGCAGCUAACACGUUAAAAGUGAGCAAUUGUUGUGCGCUGCCAUUGCGAGCCAAUUUCUGGGUUAACACAUAAUAAAAUAUGCAAGCAUCCAUCCACCAAAAAUAAAAGGGGGUAACAAAUGUUUCGUUUUUGCAAACAUUUAACAUGAAAAAUACAUAUGUAUGUAAAUAAAUAAAAGUGUCCACCAUUGUGCAAUAUUGGCAAACGAAACGAAACGAAAGAAAAAAAAGACUAAGAACACAUUCUCGACAUCCUUUUGCAAUCUGAAUUGUGUUAGGCAGCUGAGCGUGUGGCAUGCGCACAUCGCAUCCUGACCUACAUUCCAAUUAUUGGUCAUCUAAGCAGCAUCAGCAGCAGCAGCAGCCAAGUAACAUAGUCGCAAAGUGGAAGACCAACAAAUAAAAACACUCUCUCACACACACACACAAAUAUAAUAAAAGAAAAUACAAAUAAUAAAAGUGUUGCUAAUAAAAUGUGAACGAUUUCAGUGAAAUGGCCAGCAAUCGAUGAGAGCAAACACUCUGAAUACAACUCAAGCUCAAGCACAAAUAAAAAACAGCCAACACAAAAAAAAAAACUCAAUGCAUCGCCACAAAAAAUCUCGCACGCAUCUCGAAUCUCAAACUCAAACUCAAACUCAAUCAGAAUCUGAAUCUCAAAGACAAACUCAAAUAAACGCAAGUUGCAAUAUGUUGAAAGCGAUUCGAAAGUGAUGCAAAGUUGUCGAUUAGAUAAAGAAACCAUAACAAGGAGCAGCCUAAGGACAAAAGCAUAACAAGGACAAGAACAAGUUGAACUAAAAGAAGCAAAACGAAGAAGAGCAACAACAUCAACAACAACAACUAUUUGCAUUCCAAGCACUUUCAUUAUAUGUGCAUAUGCUGCGUGAUGAAAUCUAGAUUAUUUUGGAUAUUUGCAAUUAUAUAUUCAUCGCUACAUCACAUAGGCUCCGGAUCCACCUCGACGACAUUAAAACGUCCCCGAGCUGGCGAUCCGUUUGACACGUUUCCGAAAAACUUCUGGCAGGAGUUCUCGUCGCCGUUCACAGACACGCCCGAGGAUGAGGAACUGGAGGUCACCGAGACGACAACGCACGAGCCAUUUCCGUUCUUUGCCGAUCCGUAUACGACAAUCAACAUAAGCACACAGCUCUCAUCGAAUGUGUAUCUGCAUUGUCGGGUCAACGAUCUGCAGGGCAAGACGGUGUCGUGGAUGCGACGCAAGGGCGACGAUCUCGCCCUGAUCACAUUUGGCCAGCACACAUAUAGCGGGGAUUCGCGCUAUUCGCUGGAGUUUGAGGAGCCCAACGAUUGGAAGCUAUUGAUACAAUUUGCCAAUGAACGUGACGAGGGUCCCUACGAGUGUCAAGUGUCGUCGCAUCCACCGUUGGUACUCUUAGUAUACCUAACUAUAAUUGUUCCUCAUGUGGAAAUUCUCGAUGAGCGAGGAUCGGCCACACCGGAGAAAUACUACAAGGCUGGUAGCACCAUUGAGCUGCAGUGCGUCAUCUCAAAGAUACCACAUCCAUCGUCCUACAUCACCUGGCGCCAUGGCGUACGCUUGCUCAACUACGACACCAGUCGCGGUGGCAUUAGUGUCAAAACGGACAUGCUGCCAGGGAGAGCCUUGAGUCGUCUCUACAUUGCCAAUGCGAAUCGCCAGGACACUGGCAACUACACCUGCAUGCUGGGCAACGAGAUAACGGAAACUGUUGUAGUGCAUGUGCUAAAUGGUGAGGAACCAGCUGCAAUGCAACAUGCGAAUGGAACGCGAUUCAUGUCGAGUCCCUUAACUAUGGUUGUGUUUUUUAUAAUAUUUGCGAUAGUGAAACCGUUCCAGCGAUGACAACAUUCAGAAUGGCAGCAGAAUCGAUGGUAAACGGUAAGGCUAUCAACAAAAAAUAUUCAAAACAGAGCAAAAACUUCAAAAGUCAGAAAAUGUGGGGAAAAGUAUGAUGGGAAAAUGCAAAAACCAAAACAUAAAAAAAAAAACAAAACUAAAACAAAAAUCAAAAAAAAACAUAAAACAACAAAAAAAAACAUUGAACAAAAAUCUUGUCCAGGAUUGCAUUUUCAACUUUUACUCUAAUCAUGGGUUGUUUAAAAAUACAUAGCAUAAAUGAAAUACUAAAAGUAAGAUUAAGAAUAACGAACACAAAAUAUGUAUUUAAAAAAGACAUAUAUAGAAAUCAAAAAAACAAAGUCGUAUAUAAGGGCGUACGCAAAAAUACCAUAAAAAAAAACUAACAAAAAAAGGAAAUACCUAAAGAAUUGAUUUUGCAAUUGAAAAAAAAACGAAAAAAAUUGAAUGUGAAUACAAUUUAAACUCUGAUGCGUACUACUCAAAGGCCGUGUUUUUGUUGGCUAUUAUAGUACAGUCCCCCGAUCCCCACUUCCCCUGUUCCCAUCCUAUCCAUAACCCAUAAUAUAUGCUAGUUCCAUCCAUCGCCUAUUUUCGUAUUCGAAAUUCGAAACCAAAAACAAAACUUCCUCUGCAUUUUAAUGGUUGUAGCUUCUUGAGAACAAAAAAUCAAAUGGCAUAUCAGUUGGGAUCAUUGGCAAAUGUCUUUUAUCUAGCCUUGCAGAGCAUAUAAAAUAUGAAAUCUAUAAUAAAAGAGGUUUCUUUUCUUGUCCGAAGUUUUAUUUGAAAUCGGGAAAUGUUCAAUUCAAAUUUGAAACCCUUUGUGACUUGAAUUGAUAUAUUUCAAAUUUUGGUUUUCUCCUUUUUAUUCCUAUUCCCAUACAACAAUGAAACAAUCGGUCCAAAAAUUAUGUUUGUUUCUUGUCUGCAAGUGUAUUAAAACUUCGGCUUGCCGAAGAAAGCUUUUUUUACUUCUUAACAAAUUUGAAAUUCCCAUUUAAGCAUUUGAUGAUUUUAGUUAGAUUCAAUGUCUUAUAGUUAUACCGCAUAUAUCAUAAAAAAAAAACAAACAAACAAACAAAUACUGAUGUAGACCAUAUAGGCGGACUGUAGAGCAAAUCCAAACCCUAGAAAUAUUGAAAACCUAAAAACAACAAGUCGAAAAUAACGAAAAUAAUGCCAUUCAAAAUGGGAUACAUAUCUUUUAAUUAGAGAACAAAUUGUUGUUAAAAAUCAGUUAGGUUGCGGAACCAAUGAACAUUUUGACCAUCGUCGUAUCGUAGUAGGAUCUCUUUGGUAUCCCUCUUUGAUCAGAGAGAGAGAGAGAGAGAAGAGAGAGAGAGAGAGAGAGAGAGAGAGAGAGAGAGUGAGAGAGAGAGAGAGAGAGAGAGAGAGAGAGAG